CUUUCUGCAAUGUCCACUGUCAUGAAGGUCUCUUCGGCGGGUUCAUCCUCGUCUGCGCCCGUUGCACACAAUGCGGUUCCCCCGCCGCCCACCGCUGCCGCGACGCGCUCGUCUCGCAUCGCUCCCCACUCUCACAUAAAAGGCCUUGGUUUGAACCCCGAGGGGUUUGCUAUCCCAGACAGCGCAGGGUUCGUUGGCCAGUCUUCGGCACGCGAGGCUUGCGGAGUCGUAGUCGACCUCGUGAAGUCGCGCAAAUUCUCUGGGCGCGCUUUGCUUCUCGUUGGGCCACCAGGCACCGGAAAAACCGCGCUCGCGCUGGCUAUCGCGCAAGAACUCGGCGCGAAGGUUCCCUUUUGCCCCAUGGUCGGGUCAGAAGUAUACAGUACGGAGGUGAAGAAAACGGAGGUCCUCGCGGAAGCAUUCCGUCGCGCUAUUGGUCUGCGAAUAAAGGAAACGAAGGAGGUGUACGAGGGAGAAGUGACAGAACUCACGCCAACCGAAUCCGAGAACCCUCUGAGCGGGUACGGCAAAACUGUGUCGCACGUCGUUGUCGGUCUCAAAACUGUCCGGGGGACAAAACAGUUGCGGCUGGAUCCAAGUAUAUACGAGGCGAUCUUGAAGGAGAAGAUUCAAGUAGGAGAUGUGAUAUAUGUGGAGGCAAAUACAGGGGCGGUGAAGCGCGUUGGUCGUUCAGACGCGUACGCGUCUUCGUAUGAUCUUGAGUCCGAGACCUACGUGCCCCUGCCGAAGGGAGACGUGCAUAAACGAAAAGAGCUCGUCCAGGACGUAACAUUAGGCGACCUCGACGCAGCCAACGCGCGACCACAGGGCGGUCAGGACAUCAUGAGCGUGAUGGGCAGCUUGGUGAAGAGUGGGCGGACGGAGAUCACAGAGAAGCUAAGAAGAGAAGUGAACCGCGUAGUGAAGGGCUACGUUGAUCAGGGCGUUGCGGAGGUAGUUCCUGGUGUUGUCUUUAUUGACGAGGUGCACAUGCUGGAUAUAGAGUGCUUCACCUACCUGAACUCGCUGCUGGAGUCCCAGAUGGCACCGACGGUCAUCUUUGCUACCAACCGUGGAAAGGCCCUAGUUAGGGGAACGACGGACAUCUACUCACCGCACGGCAUUCCACUAGACAUGCUUGACCGGUGCCUGAUCGUGAGAACGGAGCCGUACAACAAAGAGGCGAUCUCGAAGGUCCUGCAAUUACGUGCGAACAUUGAAGGGCUCAAGCUCGGUGAUGGAGUUCUUGAUCGACUGGCUACCAGGGGUGCUGACAGCUCACUACGGUAUGCUCUCCAAUUGCUCACGCCUGCAUCCAUUCUUGCCUCGAUCGCUGGGCGGAAAGAGAUUCAGCUUGAAGAUAUCGAUGAGAUGGGCGAGCUUUUCUUGGAUUCGAAGACCAGCUCUAGUAUCAUCCGACAGCACCAGGGUGGCGAGGCAUAGCUAUUCGGAGGCACGGCGCGGUACCUGUUGGCGGUGCACCCUUCCUGCUUGUGAUGUAUCAAAAUAUCGGGGGGCCUAUGCCGUGGCCCGCUGCUGUGUGUUUCUUGUAUUAGAGUCCGACGCGAGGAAUGGGAGCCGUAAAGACGUUC